CAUAAAAUUUGACUGGCUGGAAUUUUCGCUGCUAUACUAUUUUGCAAACAAUCUGGAAAAACUACCUUUGGUGAAAAAUAUCAUGCAAAUUCAGUAGCAGAUCCAGCCAGGUUUAUCAUGGAAUUGUCACACAGUCUCACGCUGAACGAGGAUGCACUCAACCAGAUACCGGAACCAAAACGUCCGGUGUUCAUCUUUGAGUGGUUACGUUUUCUGGACAAAGUACUAGUGGCAGCGCAAAAAUCGGACAUCAAAGGUUGCCAAAAGAAGCUGGUCGAACAAUUGACGCAGCACAUCCAAGGAUCGCCCGGUCCUCCGACGAGAAAAUUGAUAGCUCGUUGUUUAGCGACCCUGUUCUCGGUUGGAGAUACAUUUUUGCUAUUCGAAACAGUGAAUAAGUGCAACGAUAUCCUGAAAAACAAGGAUGAUUCUCCAAGCUACUUAUCAACUCGAUUGGCAGCGAUUUGCGUCGUGGGAUGUAUGUAUGAGAAGCUGGGUCGCAUGAUGGGUAGAUCCUAUGAGGAGACGGUACAGAUUUUAAUCAAAUCAUUGAAGAAUGCUGAAUCACAAGUGCGGAUUGAAAUAAUGCUUACAUUGGAGAAAGUUUGCGCCGGCAUGGGAUCGGCAAUUUCCAAUGUACACAAAGAUAUCUACAAGGCUGUGCGCUACUGUCUGACUGAUCGCGUUAUGGCGGUUCGCGUGGCUGCAUCCAAUUGCUUACUUGAAAUGACCAAACAUGCACCAUUCCUGUAUACAACCGAGCUAGAAAGUCUGGCUUCGCUAUGUUUCCGUGCAUUCGAUAGCUGUAACUACGAAGUAAGAUGUGCAGUUGCAAAGUUAUUGGGAACGCUGAUCGCGUGUACGCAGAAUGGUAGUUUGAGAAAUUUUAACAGCAUGACAUCGUCGGCUUCAAGUACCAAGUCGGCGCGCUCGAUAUCGCUAGAUGAGGCCCUUGGAGUUCUAAUGGCCGGAUUCCUCAGAGGAGGAGUUUCAUUUUUGAAAGGUACCGGAGAGAUUAUCAAGGGAAGCUCCGGAGUUAAUCGUGAGGUUCGCGUGGGAGUGACUCAUGCCUAUGUUGUGUUCGUUCAAACAAUGGGUGGUUUGUGGUUGGAGAGGAAUAUGCAAACGUUUCUCGUACAUGUGUUGGAUUUAGUCGCCAAUCCAAAGGCUGCUUCAUCCCACGUAGAUGCAGUAUAUUCUAGGAAAUGUAUCAACUUUAUCCUACGAUCGGUGAUCGGUAAAAUGCUUGGAGAAAAAGCUCAAACAUCAGCUUGCAAAGAACUGAUACACAUCAUUGCCAAACAAAUGAAUUCAAUCGACUUCAACCCGGAGAACGCGAAGGAUUCCAAUCAGGAAACUUUGUUUAGUCAACACUUGCUGGUUUGUGCAUUGCAAGAGCUGGGUAGUUUAGUUCUACUUUUGGGAACAACAGCACAAAAUUUGCUCACCGAUCAAUCGCUGAACUUCAUUGAUGCAACAUGCGCUGUCCUUAUUCACCCUUGCAUGGCAGCUCGGCUUGCAGCUGCAUGGUGUUUACGCUGCGUAUGUGUAGCGGUUCCCAGUCAGAUAACUCCGCUCAUAGAUCGAUUCAUAGAAGCGAUCGAGAAAAUGAGAACAUCUCCCGAUGCCAUUUCCGGGUACAGUGGAGCACUGGCUGCUGUUCUAGGGGGAGUUCGUUAUUCACCGCUUGGCAUUCCACAUACAAGAGGAAAAAUCAUUUUCAAUACUGCUGAAGAGCUCCUCCGAACUGCUAGUCAAAAUAGCCGAUUAUCGUUGAAUAGAACACAAGCUGGCUGGUUGCUCAUUGGGGCAAUCAUGACAUUGGGUGUACCUGUAGUGAAAGGAUUGCUUCCACGAAUGUUGCUUCUUUGGCGUAACGCUUUCCCGCGUUCUACGAAAGAACUAGACUCGGAAAAAGCCCGUGGAGAUGCCUUCACUUGGCAGGUUACGCUGGAGGGACGAGCCGGAGCUCUGUCAGUCAUGCACAGCUUCCUAGUACAUUGUCCAGAACUAGUCACCGACGACAUCACUAGACGAUUGUUGACCCCCAUCGAAAGUGCAUUGGCGAUGUUGAUCAACAUUCAAUCCGUUUUGAAAAGCUACGGUCAGCAUCUCAAGGCUCCCACAGCAAUGGUCCGUUUGCGCUUGUACGAAACGCUAGCCCUGUUGCCGGCGAAUGCACUAGAAUCAUCGUACACGCAUCUUCUGCGGAUGCUAGUUUCCGAAUUUACAUUGACUGAAAAUCCUGCCAAUACGACAACGUCGCUUUUACGACAGAUGUGCCAUGCAGAUGAUUCUAUAAUUCUCGGAACAUGGCUCCAGGAAACCGAUCAUCGCACAAUUGAAGAUCAGAUGGAACCGAAUCGUAAAGCUGACGGUGAAUAUCUUCAACCGAACAGUGCUUCCGGCUCGGGAGCUCUUGAGCACGACCCUUGCUGUUUGUACCGUGCAGUAUCCAACGGAGAGCAAUGUCCUGGGCCACUUCCGUUGGGAGUGGCAGUUAUCGAUAUGUCCGUUGCCCUAUUUGGGCUCAUCUUUCCGAAGGUAGCAAAUAAACAUCGCUUGCAGAUGCUCGAACAUUUUGGUGAAUGUAUAAAGCAUGCAAAGAGUUCCCGCCAGGAGGCAGUGCAGAUGAACAUCUUUACCGCGCUACUUAGCGGGCUUAAGGGAUUGACCGAAACAAAGUCCAGUAUUGGACAGGAAGAAGUUAGGAAAAGUGCGACCAAUCUGAUCAUCAACGCUUUGAUCUGUGCGAAUCCCAUACUACGAUGUGCGGCAGGGGAGGCACUUGGAAGGAUUGCACAAGUUGUGGGUGAUUCCCGAAUUACGGCGGAACUGGCUCAAACCAGUUUCGAUCGACUGAAAUCGGCUAGAGAUGUUGUUACAAGAACUGGUCAUUCCCUAGCUUUGGGUUGCUUGCACCGGUACGUUGGUGGUAUGGGUUCGUCCCAGCAUCUGAAUACAAGCGUAUCCAUAUUGUUAGCACUGGCCCAGGAUGGAAGUUCGCCGGUCGUACAAGUUUGGUCAUUGUACGCUUUGUCGUUGAUUGCAGACUCAGGCGGACCAAUGUUUAGAGGUUACGUAGAACCAACGCUUUCUUUGGCGUUGAAAUUGCUUCUGUCUGUGCCGCAGUCACACGUAGAUGUUCAUCAAUGCAUUGGGCGAGUAUUGAGUGCACUAAUCACCACCAUAGGUCCCGAGUUGCAAGGAAAUGGCCAAUCGAUAUGCACUGCCAGAUCAUCAUUCCUAUGCGCAGCUGCAAUUAUGCAAUCCCAUUCCGAUCCACUGGUCCAAGCGGAGGCAACCGGAUGUCUACAGCAAUUGCAUCUCUUUGCGCCUCGCCAUGUCAAUUUAUCCACUUUGGUUCCUAAUCUGUGUCAAAAUCUUAGCAGUAACUAUCUUAUGCUGCGAAAGGCGGCCGUUUCAUGUCUUCGUCAAUUAACUACCCGAGAAGCUAAGGAAGUUUGUGAACACGCUAUGAAUCUGGUCAGCGAAGAUGAUGGAUUUGAGUUGUCUGAUUACGGUCUGCCAGGCGUGUUGUUUGGUAUGCUCGACACCGAAAGUGACAACAUUAUGAUAAAGAACAUUCACGACACUAUAACAUCGAUGCUCCAGAUAUUGGCUGCUGAUAACCUUUCGCAGUGGUUAAGUAUGUGUAAAAAUGUCCUGACCGUUGCAUCGGAAGCUGCAUUGACCUCUGGACCGGCAGAAACUGUCACGAUAAAAGAAGACGCUGAUGAUGCCGAAGACGCAGAAGCAGAUGAUGAUAACGUAGAAUUUCAUGCCGAAGAUAAUCAAGCAACUCAUCCGGCAGUUCAACCACGUUGGCCAACUCGCGUGUUUGCGGCAGAAUGUGUAAGAAAGAUUAUAUCUACCUGUGAAAAUGCCACUGCAGCACACUUUGACUUGCUGUUGGCAAAAGAGAUGCAAAUAACCAAAUCCCGUGGAGACUAUCUAGUAUUACAUUUGUCAGAUCUCAUUCGUAUGGCAUUUAUGGCUGCAACCAGUGACUCAGAUCAGCUGAGACUGGAAGGUUUGAAAACUCUACAGGAAAUCAUUGACAAAUUUGCGAGAGUUCCUGAACCGGAAUUUCCCGGCCAUCUUUUGUUGGAACAAUUUCAAGCACAAGUUGGAGCUGCAUUGAGACCGGCUUUUUCGCAAGAUACGCCGUCACAUGUUACUGCAGCCGCGUGUGAAGUUUGCUCGGCAUGGAUUGGUUCCGGAGUAGCAAGAGACUUGAAUGAUCUGCGCCGUGUUCACCAACUGUUAGUAUCGAACUUGAGUAAACUAAACGACAAAACUAACAGCACGCAGUUGUACAAUGAAAGUAUGGCCACAUUGGAGAAGCUUAGCAUUCUAAAAGCAUGGGGUCAAGUUUACAUAAUGGCAAUGAUGGACAAUGGAACGGCUCCGGCUAGCAUGAUGCUGAAGGCUCUAACUUCGACAGCAACGGCGAUCGCUGCACCUUCGAACGACGUAAAUCGUCUGGCUCUAGAUGAUGAUUUUGGAGAUUUUGAGAGUCGUGGUGAGAGCUUACUGUCACUGGUACAACCUGAGCUGAGUAAUCUGUCCAUGCACUGGUUAUCGGCGUUGAAAGAUUAUGCAUUGCUGUCGUUGCCAGCUGAAUACGCCAGUCAAUUGCCACACGAUGGCGGAGCUUUCUAUACCAACGAUACAAUGAAUCUGGCUAAACCGCAUUAUCUUACAUCUUGGCCGCCUAUUCUCUAUGCUUCUGCUCUAUGGCUGAAUUCAGAAGGUUUUGACAAAAAUGAAUCUGAUAUCACUACCAUCAACGAGGAUGACAAAGCUAAUGCUAAUGAUGUAGCGAGUAUUAAAGCCAUAGACAAAAUGAACCAGAACACCACCACAAUCAGUGGUAGUACCAGCGGUACCUUAUCAUAUGGCAGUGUAAGUGCCGACCGGUUCCAUCUGGUUUUUGGAAUUUGCAUGGAAGUCCUGUGCAGCACGCGAACCAAUGAAAAAUUGGAAAGUGUUAUUGCGUGCUUACAGUCGCUCUAUACGAUGUUCGAUUCCAAAUGGUCGCGACAGAUGCUAUCUAAGAACAAGUCACUACCAGUGGAGCUGUGCAAUGUCCUGCAUCGUCUGAUACUAACCAGAGAUAGUAUGGAAGUGCAAUACUUGUGCAUUUUGAUCCUAAGGCAAACCAUUAUGGCAGCCAAUGAAUGUUUGAAUUUGGAAAAGCUAGAAAAACUUGCACAAGUCGAAAAUAAAGCAGAGAACGGUAACAAUGAAAAUCCUGGUAUUGACAACCUCGGAGAGGGUGGCGAGGAAGGUGAAAUAUUGCCGGGUAAAUCACAUGUCUAUGCUGUUUUGGAAGUAGUGCUUUGUCUGUUGGCACGACAAAUUCCUGCAAUGAGUCCUUCGCAAUCUGCUCGCGUAGCAAACGAACAACUGCAGCGUCAAAUGGCACAGACCAAGAACGGUCAAUUCAAACUUUCCGAAGACAACAGUUUACUAGUUGCAACUGCCAUCAAUUGUAUGGCCGAUCUAACGAGACUAUGUUCACCUACGGGUGCCAUAUCAGUUCUUCCCACAAUGCUCUAUUUAACAACGGGAGUAAUUAAAGAAGUAGCAACGAAAUCUGUCAAUGAUGAAACUAUAAUAGCCAACUCAAAUAUUAUUCAAGCCGCUUUGCAACUGUUGAAAACGUUAGCUACGGAUCGGUACAGUAAGCACGAUCUAUCAGCUGAAGACUGGCGGAAGCUGCUUCAAAGUUCCCUCGGGAAGAUAAUUGAUCUCACCAAAACAGGAUGUGAUGAGACCAAGCUGGAUGAGGUCACAAUGAUGUUGACCAUUGCAGUUUUCCUACUGCACACACCAUCUUCGCUGGUGUCGGUUCCAAAUUUACAGUAUCCUUGUAUAAACCACUUCAGGCAAUGCUUUUUGAGCGGAUCACCAAUGGUUCGAUUGAAAUGCGUUCAAACUAUGCGGUCAAUUUUUGUCAAUGCGGACCUGAAAGUGUCAACGCCAUACAUUCAUGCGCUAGCUCCUAGACUAAUUGAAACCCUGUUUGCUGAAUCAAAUCGUAGUCCAUCGAACGAUAUGGAACUCGCCAUAAUACUGGAAGGUAUCACAACUUUGGAAGCGUUGAUAGCGCUAGCUGAACCUCAAAAUCAUGAACUAAUACAAGGCAUCCAAAUGUUGACCCUGCUGGUACCGAUACUGAUCAACUAUCUGCUCGAACCGGAACAGCACCGUGUGAAGCCGAAACAUUGUGUCCAAUUGCACGAACACUCGCUUCAUUGGCUAAUGAAGAUCGGACCAAAGUAUCCGCAGGACUUCAAAGCGUUCAUGUUGCAGGCCCCGGAGUUGCGUGUCAAGUUGGAAGCGGCCAUCAAGCGAAACCAGAUGAGUGCAAUUCAAGCGAAGAAUAAGAGUGAAGCUGCUAAUGCGGCAGCCCGCGCCAGUGCAACGCAACAACAGAAACCUACGAUUCAAUUGAAAACCGAUUUUAGCAACUUCAGUGCGACCUAGAUUUCGCCCGUAAACGCUUCAUCAUAUUGAAAACGAACUAACAAUCUAAAUGCAUGUAGGGGUAAGAGGGGCAUAGUGAACAG